GAGAACUGCUAGUGCCGAUUUGUGACACAAAAUAACCUUUUUUUAAUAUAAUUUAUUAAAAAUAAUUAUAUUAAUAAAGUUACCUAUAGGUUGUGUAAAAAGUGUCCAGUGAUUUGGGACAAAAGUGCGACAAACUUACCUAACAUGAAGUUGGAUUGUGAAUUGUAGUCUUAAGGUUAAUUAGUUGAGUUAAAGAGGUGUAUUCGCGAUUAUUAUGAUGCAAAAACAUUAAUUAAAUGGAAAUAUUUAAGUUCAAGCAACUAUAUUUAGAUUUGCACUAACAGAAAUCUGUAUUUUGGAAAGAAUAACAUUUUAAUUUGAACCAAAUUUUUCAUGCGAUUGAAAAGUGUUCCAAAAUUGACUAAGUACUUAUUUAUUUUUAUAAGUCUAUGAUGAACUCACAACGAAAUUAAUUACGCAGUGAACUGCAGUGAAUAUAUAAGAUACUGUUUAUAACAAAUAUUGGUGUAAGAAUGAGUUUGAAUAGGAAAAGUACGGAGAAUGGAGAUGGUGGAACGAUCAGUAGAAAUGCUAAAGACAGCCCCUGUUACUUCUGCAAUGAAAACUUUGAAAUGGGACAUCUUCAGAACCACCUCAAGCUGUGCGGCAGCAUCUUGGAGCAGUGUCCGCUGCGAUGUGGAGCCUGGAUCCAGAGGAAACAUAAGGAGACACACACUAAGGACUGUCCGCGACUGGAGAAGACUCGAACCGCCUCGUCACCAACGCACGCCAGACUGCCAGACCCGGUGCCUCCGCCCAGCACCAGCAACCACACUUGGAGCCCCCGACCAGUCCCACUCGACGACUGCGUCUCGUACCUUGAGAAGGAAGUUGCUAAUAUCAAACUAGUCCUGACCGAAGAGGCAAGCCACCGCGAGAUCCAGGCAACCGAACUAGAGACCCUCCGCUCCAAGUUGGUGCUGGUGGAAGAACGCAGCCAGCACUUCCUGUCUACCCUGGUGUCGCUACGAGCCGCGGUGGACGAUGAGGCAGAAAGGGGAGCCAACUGGGCCGCGCAGUUCAAGCAUGACUUGGCCAACGUGCAGCUGGCUUUGCAGGAGCUACAAAGCCAGCAGCUAUCGACGGUGAUGCGGCUGGAGAGCGCAGUCAGCUCGCUGGUGCAUGAGCAGCAUGAACGAGAGCUGCUAGAGACAGCAUUGACACAGCACGACAGCAGGAUCCGUGCUGUCAACAAACUUGAGGAAGUGAUAGAAUACAUAAAGCAAACUGUCGAAGAGGAGAGACAACUCAACGCUGAAAGCCGCGCGGCUUUGGAAGCUGAAGUAGUCGAGGCCAGACGGUCUUCGCAACAGGUCGCGCAGCUGGCCGACUUGAGAGUCCAGCUGCAGCAUGCUGCUACUCCUGAGAGACCUGCCCUAGAUCGUCUGGCAGUGCUGGAAGUGGCCACAGCAGAUGCUCGAGCGGAGUCAGCAGACCAGGCCGCCAGAGUCGACGCUAUGGCCAGAGACUUGCGGGCUCUUACCAGGUCCUACCUAAAGGUGCGCAGCGAACUCGCCGACUUCCAAGCGAGAGUUAGCUUUGAUAACCCUGAGCUGGGCGGGGAUAAUGGUCAUCUUAUAUGGAGGAUAGACAACUUCACAGCACGAAUGAAGGACGCUAAAGAAAAUGAUGCCAUAUUGAGUAGUCCCAUCUUCAGGACCAGUAAAUAUGGAUACACUUUGAAGGCCGAAGCGAACCUCAACGGUAUAGGCAAGUGGAAGGGCCGCAACAUAACCUGUACAGUGAGACUGGUGGGAGGUCCGUACGACCCUCUGCUGGAGUGGCCGUGUGACCUUAAUAUCACCAUUGUGCUCAAAGACCAACCAGCUAAUAAGAACCAGGCGAUGGACAUAGUAAAGUCCUUGCAACUCAGGCGCAAGUCUUCAUCCAAGCGGCACGACUACGACGACGCUGAGAAGACCAGGUCCACAGAAGCCCUGGACAAGUCCGUGCUGCAGCUCAAGAGGCAAUACAUCUUCAUACCGCACACCAGCCUCGAUAAAUUCGAGUAUGUGAAGAAUGAUGUCGCAUUCUUGGAGUUUAUUGUUAACCAGUAGCAUACUCCUUCCUUCCUAACUAAAGAGGUAAAUUACCAACCUCAUCAACCCUGGUGUCAGGGUUACUAUUGAGCCGCCAAAGGCCCCUGACAUGGCUCAUGUAAUGACUACUUAGUUACGUCAGUAACUAGUAACCGGGACCAACGGCUUAACGUGCCUUCCGAAGCACGGAUCAUCUUACUUUUUGGACAGUCAGGUGAUUAGAUUGUAACCUGUAGCAUAGAAUAGGGAAUAAUGCCUCUGAUCUCUCCGCUCCCCGCCAGCGGCUGGAGGUUUACCUCACCCCCCUCAGUCUUACUUUAGUCUUCAACCGUAUGGCGUCAGACGCCACACACACAGAUGCGCAUGUACGAUAACGUCAAUGUGUAGUGUCUGUGUAAAACGAGGGGUUUUGUAUGAAGUGUCCGGGGUUAAUUGUAAUAACUUUUAAAAUAAGUACUAGUUACUAUAUAAUUGUUGUAAACCAAGAUUUUAAAUCCAAUUAACACGUAGUGGAGCAGCGUGGUGGAGUAUGCUCCAUACCCCUCUCCGCUUGAUUCAGGGGAGGCCUGUGCCCAGCAGUGGGACAUAAUCAAUCUAUGCGUUUAUGUAUUUAUGUACCUAUGCAAGAUUUUAAAGAAUAUUUUUCAUGUGACGUUUUUAAACUGUAAUUAUAUAUCUACAAAAUUAUAAUAUAAAAUGUAUUUAACUGCUAGUCAAUAGAUAAAAAGCGUAAGAUGAUUAUUUCUUUUACAUUUAUGAUUAAUUUAUAUGAAUUCUGUCACGUCUGUAUGACUAACGAGCUGUGAGCUAAGAUCACCACAGAAUGGUCUCCGAGUAGAGACAGACGCAGGCGUGGAAGACCGAAGCGGAGAUGGUGCGGGAUGCUUUCCUGUAAGGCUGGGAGCAUCCUGGAAAAAAUUGAGGGAAGCCUUUGCCCAGCAAGGGGACAUCUCAGGUUCGAUAAGAUGAUUUGUGACAGUAACAUUUUUAAUUAUUUUAAAAAUAAUUAAUAAAUAACAUAAAUAAAUAGUGUUUAAAGUAUAAAUAAAAGUAUUAUAUAAUUUG